ACCCACACGCUCUGACUCCAGCUCGUGAGCGCUGUCUGCCUCGCAUCCUCCCUCUCCCAUUUUUUCUCUCCGCCGCCCCCUCAUCCAUCCGGAUUGGACUCCUCCUUCAAAAGCAGUUCGGGUGCUCGGCGCUUUCCCAUACCCCUGCUCCGCGGACCCUUCGGUCUCCUUCCCUAUUUAACCUCAGCCUUCCAAGAGAGUUGCCACGUCUCUAAGCCCUAACCCCAACACACACACGCAUUUACACGCAGACACGCACGUUUCCUGUCGCUGUGUGACACCCACCCUCUGCCGCACGGCCGCGCGGUCCCCGCGCCGUGCCCUCCUCCCGCCACACUCACACACGCACGCAGGCGCGCGCAGAGCCGAGCAGAGGGCUGCUCGCCGACAGUUCGCACUUGGAGGCGACCCGCUCCAGUCUCACAGCGCUGAUGGCAUCUCCAGGCUCCGGCUUUUGGUCCUUCGGGUCUGAAGAUGGCUCCGGGGAUCCCGAGAACCCCGGCACAGCGAGAGCCUGGUGUCAGGUGGCCCAGAAGUUCACGGGAGGCAUCGGAAACAAGCUGUGCGCCCUGCUCUACGGAGACGCCGAGAAGCCGGCGGAGAGUGGCGGGAGCGAGCCCCCGCGGGCCACCUCCCGGAAGGCUGCCUGCGCUUGUAAUCAGAAGCCUUGCAGCUGCCCCAAAGCGGAUGUCAACUAUGCGUUUCUACAUGCAACAGACCUGCUGCCAGCGUGUGAUGGAGAAAGGCCCACUUUGGCAUUUCUGCAAGAUGUUAUGGACAUUUUGCUUCAGUAUGUGGUGAAAAGUUUCGAUAGAUCAACCAAAGUGAUUGAUUUCCAUUACCCUAAUGAGCUCCUUCAAGAGUAUAACUGGGAAUUGGCAGACCAACCACAAAAUUUGGAGGAAAUUUUGAUGCAUUGCCAAACGACUCUAAAGUAUGCAAUUAAAACAGGGCAUCCCAGAUAUUUCAAUCAACUUUCCACUGGACUGGAUAUGGUUGGAUUAGCAGCAGACUGGCUGACAUCAACAGCAAACACCAACAUGUUCACCUAUGAAAUUGCUCCAGUAUUUGUGCUCUUGGAAUAUGUCACGCUAAAGAAAAUGAGAGAAAUCAUUGGCUGGCCAGGGGGCUCUGGCGAUGGGAUAUUUUCUCCUGGUGGUGCUAUAUCUAACAUGUAUGCCAUGCUGAUUGCACGCUUUAAGAUGUUCCCAGAAGUCAAGGAAAAAGGAAUGGCUGCUGUUCCCAGGCUCAUUGCCUUCACAUCAGAGCAUAGUCAUUUUUCUCUCAAGAAGGGAGCUGCAGCUUUGGGGAUUGGAACAGACAGCGUGAUUCUGAUUAAAUGUGAUGAGAGGGGGAAAAUGAUCCCAUCUGAUCUUGAAAGAAGGAUCCUUGAAGCCAAACAAAAAGGAUUUGUUCCUUUCCUUGUGAGCGCCACAGCUGGGACCACUGUGUAUGGAGCAUUUGACCCCCUCUUGGCAGUUGCUGACAUUUGCAAAAAGUACAAGAUCUGGAUGCAUGUGGAUGCAGCUUGGGGUGGGGGAUUACUGAUGUCCCAGAAGCACAAAUGGAAACUGAGCGGCGUGGAGAGGGCCAACUCUGUGACAUGGAACCCACACAAGAUGAUGGGCGUCCCUUUGCAGUGCUCCGCUCUCCUGGUUAGAGAAGAGGGAUUGAUGCAGAGUUGUAACCAGAUGCAUGCCUCCUACCUCUUCCAGCAAGAUAAACACUACGACCUGUCCUACGACACUGGGGACAAGGCCUUACAGUGCGGACGCCACGUUGAUGUUUUCAAAUUAUGGCUAAUGUGGAGGGCAAAGGGCACCACUGGGUUUGAAGCACAUAUUGAUAAGUGCUUGGAGCUGGCAGAGUAUUUAUACAAUAUCAUAAAAAACCGAGAAGGAUACGAAAUGGUGUUUGACGGAAAGCCUCAGCACACAAAUGUCUGUUUCUGGUACGUGCCCCCGAGUCUGCGUGUCCUGGAGGACAAUGAAGAGAGAAUGAGCCGCCUCUCAAAGGUGGCCCCAGUGAUUAAAGCCAGAAUGAUGGAGUAUGGGACCACAAUGGUCAGCUACCAGCCCUUGGGAGACAAGGUCAAUUUCUUCCGCAUGGUCAUCUCAAAUCCCGCAGCAACUCACCAAGAUAUUGACUUCCUGAUUGAAGAAAUAGAACGCCUUGGACAAGAUUUAUAAUAACAUAGCUCACUAAGCUGUUUCAAUUCUCUAGGUAGACAAUUAAGUUGUCACAAACUGUGUGAAUGUAUUUGUAGUUUGUUCCAAAGUAAAUCUAUUUCUAUAUUGUGAUGUCAAAGUAGAGUACAGUUUAAAAAUCCAAAAAACAUUGCUCCUUUUAAAAAUCCUUUCCUAAGUUUAGAAUACCUCUCUAAAAAUUAGUGACAAAAGGCUGUGUUCUAAUCAAUAAUGAAAAGCUUAAAAUUGUUAUAAAUACUUCCCUUACUUUUAAUAUAGUAUGCAAAUCAAGCUUUAUUUUCACUUCAGAGUAGUACGAUUGAAUAGUGCCAAAUUGCCCCUGAAUCCUAAAAGGUUCUUUGGGGCGCAGUCCAAAGGAGAAAGUACAUAUAAAAUGUAUGUUGACAAUAAAAACUCUUGCCUUUUUCAUAGUAUUAGAAAAAAAAUUUCUAAUUUACCUAUAGCAACAUUUCAAAUGUAUUUAAAUACAUAUAAUUUUACAAAAGGAAAAUAUAUAUAUUAAAAAGAAAUCCUAUUUUGUAACAUAUAGAUUUUUAUUUUAUAUGGGUUAUACAAACUGCAGGGUCAGAUAUAAAAAUUAAGCCAGAUUUUUUUUUCUCUUUCUUUUA